AUGUUUCUAAAAUACUGCAUGCCACUGGCCAUCUUUCUCGGGUAUGGGCUUUGUGAGAACGAGAAAAAUAUUUCACGGCAAUUGAAUGGCACUGUCACUGGUAACCAGACCCUUGCGCGUGCAGAUGGUCCAUACUUGGUCACCAGUGACCUUAUUGUCCCAGAAAAUGCCACUCUAACCAUAGAGCCUGGUGCAAUUCUAAAUUUUGUUCCAUCUGUGGGGAUUCGUGUUCGUGGAUCGUUUCAUGCAAAAGGUACACCGUCGCAGAGAAUUACUUUCCGAGCGGUUCCCUGUGGAGAAACAAGUUUUUGCAAUAAAACAGACGGGGCUUUAUUCUACAGUCACGGGAUAAGACUUGUAGAUGGAUCAUCCUACAGCAACGGGCGCCUACAGCUGCAGUAUAAUGGAAGGUGGGGGACUGUCUGCAAUGACUGGAGUUCUUGGGAUCUCAGAGAUACGCACGUGGCCUGCAGACAUCUUGGCUUCCUUGGGGGAAAGCGGUAUUACUAUGAUCCCGGCAGCGGCCCCGUGAUGAUGAAGACAGUUGGCUGUAAAGGAACUGAAAAGAGUCUAUGGGAUUGUUCUUACAGAUGGAUUAUGAGUAAUCAGUAUUCAUGUGCUCACAGCCGGGAUGUUGGUAUCGAGUGUGACACUCUCUUGCCAUAUUUGGCCGAGACUUUUUACUGGAAAGGUAUUUACUUCGAGCCGACGAAUUCCUCUGAGAUGAAAGGAAGCUCUUAUCUUGAGCACGUGGACAUUGAGAAUGCUCUCGAGGGCGUAAAUGCCGUGAAAAACGCCCCAGAUGUACUUCAUGUAAUGAUCAACGGUAGUGCUUUCGGCUUAAAUAUAAAAGAACUUGCCAAACCCUUGGCUGUGAUCGAUUCUUCUAUCCUGGGGCCUAAAAUGGCUGGUGUGAACAUCGAGAGCUCCUGUGGUGAUGUUGUCAUUGAAAACGUCACAGUUCAGAAUGCACGAUUUGGAGGAGGCCUUAUCUAUAAGCGCCUGGCAGUGAAUUUCUGUUCCGUCAUCCCAGAGAAAGCUUCUUUUCCUUUACUCCUAAAUGCCGCCGGAAAUCAUCAUCCGGUUAAUUGUAGUAAGAUUUUCAGAGCUUCAUCAGGAAGAAAGAUCUCUGUGUAUUUUAGAAUAAUAAAUGGAAGUGGAUUCGAGCUUAAUAUUACCGAUGCAAGCACAGAUAUCAAAACCCAACUGUACAGAAUCACAAGUGGCCACAAUGGAAGGACAUUCAAGACUGGUUAUACUUCUAUAUUGGAACUUUCCUUCUACUCUAAAGGCAGUUUCAACUUGGAAAUGGUCGUUAUGGAAGAUCAAGGCGGGACUUCAUCACUUAUAAUAUCCAACAGUACCUUUUCUAACAAUGCUAAGUCUGGUAUUACCGUUGACAACUUGAUUGGUGAUUCUCGUAUCUCCCGGACAACGGUGAUAGGGAACAACUACAACGGACUCUACAUAACCAAGACAACAGGUACUUUAGAAUUUACCGACGUCAAAUCUUCGAAAAACCAGGCGACAGGAAUCGUAGUCGAUGCAGGAACUCUUUCAUUCCAAAUGUCCGACAGCCUUGUUGAAGAAAACGGCGCUCAAGGAUUGCACAUCUUAAACCAGGUUAACUCCACAAUCAACAUUUACAACACGCAAUUUGUUCGUAACAACAACGGUGAAGGAGUUUAUUUACAGGCAUUUCGCUACUGCUAUGUUCGACUGCUGGAAGUACUGUCUCUUGGAAAUUCGCAGAAUGGAGCUCUGUUUACAAGAUUAUCCGAUACCAGAUUAGAUUUAAACUCUUGUAAAUUUGAUGGAAACUCAAAUAUAGGAGUUUCCGUUUCCUACUUUUUUAGAGGAGGACUUAACUUGGAGGAGAUUUCUACCUCAAACAAUUACGGAUCUGGUUAUGCUUUCGAACUUGGGGAUACCAGCAUAAACAUAGAGUCUUCGUCUUCUUUUGGUAACGGAAGGGAUGGUUUUUACUUGGAAAAUCAAGGAGGAGAAGUUGUCUUAAAGGAUUUUAUUGCUGGUGGCAACAAACGACAAGGAUUGUGGUUUCUAGAUACCAAGUCAGCACGUCUUCGUUCAGUUCAUCUUCUAAACUGUAAUGUUUCAGGGAACAGUCAAUACGGUGUGCUGUUUUACCUCACGUAUAGAAUUGAUCAACGCCCAGAGAACUAUAUCAUUAAGGUUGCAAACUCCACAAUUUUCAACAAUUCUCUUGGUGGUUGUACGCUCUAUCCUGCAGAUUGCGGUUCGGGAAACAAUCGGUGGCAAAGGAGCGUUCAACUUUUAUUCACUGGUAAUAAAGUAAAGGGAAACAAAAAAAAUGGUUUGGAUAUCCUUGGCCCAGAAUGGUACGUGUUAUCUGCUGUCUUGGCUAAUAACAUAUAUUACGAGAACAGUGGACUUGCUCUGAUAGUAAGACAUGGAGCAAAUUGUUACUAUGAGAAUUCCUCACCCUUCAAUCUGCAGGUUUCAUCGAACAUCUUUUUGAAGAAUAAAGGGGAGAACAUAUUUUUCGUUAAUUGCGAAACUUUACCCACAAAAUGCCGUGUCACCAUCAGAAAUAACACGUUUUUAGACAAUCAAAGAAUCCAGCUGUUUUCCAGCAAUUACCUUCGUACCAAAACGCAGGCAGUUUUAGCUGUAAAAGGAGGCAACGUUACCAUAAAGUAUAAUUCGUUUAUCAACCCUUUGUUCUCUCACGAAUUAGCAGCACUGCUUAAAGACCGUGAACACGUUCUUCUUGCGGAAGAAAACUGGUGGGGAACAAGAGAUGAAUGCAAAAUAAAAGACCGAUUGUUUGACUUUGAAGAUCGAGUGGAACUUACACAGAUCCAAUAUUAUCCAUUUUUAGAUUCCUACAAUUCUAUCAGCCCUAAAUUACACGAUGGUGUCAGACCUCUCUGUUUUCUUCGAGGCAACAACUUAGGAGGAAUAUUAAAUCAUUUCCUCAAUAUAACAAACCCAAGUGAUGCCUACCGAGUUAUCAGUGACGUCACUAUAUUGUCUGACGGCGUUUUGUUUAUCGAAGGAAACAUCACUUUAGAAUUUCCAUUGAAGAGCGUUUUCCUAGUACAAGGAAAGGUUAUCAUAAAAGGUAAUAAAAAAGAAAGGGUGAAGUUCCUUCCAAGGGGACCAUUGCAACAGGACAUUAGACUCGUCGGAGGUCCCGCUCCGUGGGAAGGGGUAGUUGAAAUAUGGAUCAAUAGCACGUGGAUGCCAGUUUGUAUGCAUACCUAUGGACACGAAGAUGACAUAGUAUGCAGACAAUUGGGAUACGAACCGGUAAACUCUUAUUACCAUAACCCAAGUGGAAAAGAGAAAAUAUUCCUACUUAAUGUCAAAUGUGAUACAGAUCAAGGAGACAGCAUCACCAUUUGUAACAAAAGGAACUGGAUUUCAUCUUCAUCAUGCACGAGAAAUGUUUUGUAUGUCCGUUGCAAAAUUCCUUACUGGGCUGGCGUACAUCUCGCUGUGACUUCAAAGGAAAGCGUCUUAAGCAAUGUUGAGGUGCGAUAUGCAGGUUUUCCAUAUAGAGACGACCUGACUAUCCCCGGAAUCGCCUUCAGAGUGGACCUCCCACGUCACGUGAUCAGCAGUGUCUUUGUGAGUAAUUCUGCUUCCAUUGGUUUCCAGAUUAUGUAUCCAGACCCCUUAAAAGAUUCAAAUACAAUCGAGAAUUCAACGAUAGCUGAAACCGAGUCGGAUGGAGUACGUUUGGAGUCUCCAUUUAUUGAGUUCCUGAGUACAAAUGUCGUAAACACAAAAGGCUACGGAUUUUCGUAUCGUUACAACUGGAAUGCUCUUAACACACACGUGGUAAAAAUGGCAGAUGCGACCGUGAAGAAGUUUAUGGACAUAUGCACUGAAAGUGAAACAUUUAUCAGUGACUCUAGUGUGGUGUAUUAUCUGGUUGUAACAUUACGGAGCAGAGCAGCCUGCAAGGCCAUAAUUACCGUUCCACCGAAAUAUACGAUAGGAUUGCAGCUAAUCUAUCACAAUGUGCAUGGCAUAGCUAUCCACGUGUACAGUGGAACAAACAAGACAAAGGGCACUCUCUGGGAUAUCCAUAUGUUACAAUGGUAUAGCCGUCCUGCUUGGAUGACUGGCAAUAGCUCAAUCCUGCUGGAGAAAGGGUAUGGAUAUCCGGAUGAAGACGACACGGUGCAUUUUCUAUUGUUCCUCAUCAAAAGUGGUGGAAAGACGAAGAUCAGAUCGCCAAACCUUGUUAUAUCCAAAAGUAAUUUCAGCCACAACAGCGAAGGUGGAAUUUUUUUGGGUGGAGAUAACGCAGGAAUAGUUGAAAUCCAAAAAACGGAC